GACCUUCACUUUCUCCCCUCAGACGACCACCACCACCAACAUCACCACCACCACCACCAGGUCGGUCUUGGACCACCGACAACCACUGCGCGCCCAACAGAUGCCCUCACGUCCGUCCCGCGGCAUCCGGUAUGCAUUGAUCGAGUGCACUGUGCAGUGACAGACGCGCUAUCACCGCUGCCGCACCUACCUGGUUGUAUAGGCGCCGCACAUGAUCUCCGAAAGCUGACUGGCCAGUAGUCGCUCUGCGCUUCCAUCCUAGUCACAACCUCCUCCCUCGCAGCGCCCAAUUCGGCGUCGGGGAGGUGACGAGCUUCUUAUGGCAGCACCCUUGCAGUGGCCGGCCGCUGCAUCCACCGCCUCUGUCACAACUACUGGCUCUGUUACUGGCACGCAUGGGCCAACCAUCUCGGACUCGUUGCAACAUUCACACGCCUCACGAGAGCCAGCAAACGGGCUGCAGAGCGUGCGGCAGAAAACGAUAUCCUCGCCCUUAAUCUCACCCGCGAGCUCACGAGGCCACCACCAGCAGCCGCAUCAGCAAUCGCCUAUCACGCAGGCAGCACCCUCCCUUUCGGUCCGCAAACCCAAUCCGGCGAAGAAAGUCGUCAGGGGAAAUGAUGAUGAGCUGCACCAAGCCAUCACACGCGAGGCUGUAACGGAAGAACAGCGGUCCAUAGGCCAGGUUCAGUCGCCUCAUCAUCAGCAGCAGCAACAGCAGCAACAAGAAGCUCCGCCGAAGCUGGACCCUGCACAUCAGACCUUCCUCCGCAGCGCCCCGACCAUCAUGUCGAACCCCCAGGCUGCCAUUCGGCCUGCACCUCACGACCGCAUUCCUAUGAUGGCGCAGAGGACUGCCUCGAUUGAUUCGACAGUCUCCUCUGUGUCCUCCAUGUCGAACCACAGGCCUAUCAAUUCAGGAACCACUAAUGCUUUCAGAGUGUCUCAGGAAUCCCAAGGGCCGCAGGAUGCAGCUGCGCUGAUCGCUGCCGCUGGGUCAGCAGAAGCCGCGUUACAAAAAGUGCUGCAGGAGAAGCAACAGGCAGCUUCGCAUAAUGCUCAAUUAUGGCGACUGGUGGAGAAGCAACGGUCAAUGAUUUUGGGACUGAAUAAGGACCUGGAAAAGUCUUUGAAGGAGAAGGAGCGGUAUCGGCGGAAGCUCAAGGACCAUAUCUCUCAGUCGACUCCUGCGCCCACACUCACUCCUACCGAUGCGCCGACAGUGCAAGGACACUCGAGAGAAACCAGCGAAUCUUUAUCACCCCUUACGCCAAUACCUGCGCCAGUCCGAGACAUCAGCGUGGACACUCUCCAGACAAGCGACGGAUCUGGGUCUGCGUCUAAUAGCAUCGGACGAUCAGACACACCUCAAGAUGCUAUCAAUUCGCACCUGAUGAAUCAGGCGGGGGUUGCGAGCAGUCCGACUGGCAGUCAACAAACUAUACACCACGAUACGAGGCCUGCCACGAUUGACACACGAGCAGCAGCUUUGGCGACCGUCCAACGAACACCGACUGGCACGCCCCCUAUGUCUCUGAAGUCAGCGGAGACUGUGCAUAGCCCCAAGAACAGUAUCAGUCACUCGAAGAAUCAUUCCACGUCUUCCUACCAUAGCAGUCCGCCCGCGUCCGCAACUGGCAACUUCAGCCCAAAGACACGAAAAGCCCCUCCCGCACCCCUCAGACUUGACCCGCCCACGACGAGACCGGAUCCCAGUGUCAAUGACGAUGUGGAAGACGCGUCUGACUCGGAAUACGAAGAAGACCCAGAAAGUGCGAGGUCGGAAUUUGCGGACAGAGGUCGUAGAAAGACGCGCGAGGACGAUGACCGUGAAAGAGAGGUGCUCGCGCAGAAAGAGGCUGAGCAACGCAGUAUGUCAAAAAAGGACAAGAAGAGUAAGAGUCGAGCAGCGGAGGAGUCAUCAAUUGUGGCACAACCUGGUGCGGCUGAGCAUGCAGUAGCAGAGGCCGCCAGGCUGAAUGGACCAUGGUCAGAGCCGAAUCCUUACGAGGUUGUUCACAAUCGAGCCGCAUCGGACUCGCAGUCACGCACGCUGGCUGCACCCUCUGCAAUGCUCAGCCCUGGCUUGCCCAUGAGCCCACGACCUGGUGACAGGCCACCAAAUUCACCAAUGCCCCGUGCUCCUGUCACGCAACUGGCUAAUUCAAUGCCUCUUUCACCACGAGCUGGAGUCGCAGGCCUUCCACUGUCGCCACGUGCUCCUAGAUCAGCGAUACCACUGCCUCCACAAACCCCAAUGGCACUCAUGUCGCCACACCUAGACAGGGCAAAAGCUUAUGCAGCCCAAGCGCCGCACUUCCAAGCUCUCGCUAAUCUAGCUGACCGCAUGAAACCGAUGAAUGGUGGCAGUCCUGAUCAAGGGCGGCCUUCUAUGUCGAGCGACCAGUCCUCGGUACACAGCCCAGGGGAGAUAUACAAGGGCCUCCAGACAGAAGACUACCCGGACUUGCUCCUGCCGCCAAACGCGCUUCCGUCGAUAUAUGUCAAGACGGCUUCAUCACGCAUGGUUCGCUCUCGAGUUAGUAUGCUGGUGUCUAAGGCUGCUGAUGAGAAUCCCGUAUUCACCCUAGCUGUACACGAGCGAUCUCAACACAAGGAGCUCUGGCGAGUUGAAAAGACUUAUCAGGCACUUUCGCAGUUGGACUACGAUAUCAAGGCCCUAUGCCGGAUCAGCGAUCGCAUACCUGAUAAAACGUUGUUCACUGGACACGCUCCCGCCAAGAUCGACGCCAGGCGCAUGGCUCUCAACGUUUACUUCGAACGGACCAUGGACUGUGUGACCGAGGAGAAGGCCGCAAGGAUCUUUUGCAAAUUUUUGUCGACAGAAGCAUUUGCUCCCGAGAAAAGUGACUACUUCACUUCGAACGAGCAGAAUAAACGCCCAGACUCUCCAGCUGUGACGCCGCUGAGACUGAGACCGAACAUGGCAGGAUAUCUGACGAAGCGCGGUAAGAAUUUUGGAGGCUGGAAGGCGCGCUACUUCGUGCUCGACGGCCCCCUCUUCAAGUACUUUGAGGGCCCUGGAGGUGCUCAUCUGGGUUCCAUCAAGCUGCAGAACGCUCAGAUCGGCAAGCAGUCGGCGAACCCGAAUCAGAACGCGCACGACGACGAAGACAACCAAUUCCGCCAUGCGUUCUUGAUUCUGGAGCCGAAAAAGAAGGACUCUAGCGCACUGGUGCGCCAUGUUCUAUGCGCCGAGAGUGAUGCUGAGCGUGAUCAAUGGGUCGAUGCCCUUCUACACUACGUGGACUAUCGAGAAGUCGAAGAUCGUCUGCAGCCUGCCAGGCAAGCUCAAGUGGCCAAGACUGAGCUAGCGGCUCGUAGUCCGAGAUUGCAGAAAUCCAUGGGUGAUCUUCGCACUGCAACAGCUUUCAGUCAGGAUGCUGCUGCAGCUCAGGCGAAAGUGGACCUCCAGUCCGUAGGUUACAACGACACUGUCGCUGGCAAUGCACCGAUCAUGGGGCCCGUUACAUCACGAGGCGGCAGCGACACGCCAUCGCCGCCUCACGACAAGCUUGCAACAGAUCAGUCGUACCCAACCAUAUCGGGCCCGACCAACCUCCAAGUCAUCUCGGACACCGAAAAUUGGGGCAUGAAGGUGCCGCCCACUCCUGGAAAGGAUAAGAAGCGUAGCGUCUUUCAGCUACCGUUCACGAGAGGUCGUGGUUCCUCCGAUCAGGAGCCAAAGGAUGCUGUCAACGAACAUGCAUACUCGACCCGAGCUGUAUUUGGCGCGUCUCUAGCUGACGCCGUGGCAUACUCGCAGCCUGCUGGAGUUGACACUGAGCUGCCGUCCGUCGUAUAUCGGUGCAUUGAGUAUCUGACAGCCAGGCAAGCUGUUGCUGAGGAGGGCAUUUUCCGUCUUUCGGGUUCAAACGUUCUUAUCAAGGCUCUGAAGGAUCGCUUCAAUACCGAGGGUGAUGUCAAUCUGCUUGAAGCUCAUCAAAAUUACGACGUGCACGCCGUGGCAAGCUUAUUGAAGCUGUAUCUGCGAGAACUUCCGGCCAGCAUCCUCACGCGAGAUCUUCAUCUGGACUUCCUGCACUGUUUGGAGUUGCCAGCCGAGGAGAAAGUUCCUGCAUUGAACGUGCUCGUCAACCGAUUGCCAAGACAUAACCGAGCGCUUCUGGAAGCGCUCUCUGCAUUCAUGCUCCUUAUCGUCAAUAAUGUCCUUGUCAACAAGAUGAAUGUCAGAAAUCUUGGACUGGUAUUCUCGCCGACACUCAACCUGCCCGGCCCUCUGAUCUCGUUGUUCGUGGAAGAGCAAUAUAGCAUCUUCCGCAUGCCAGCCGAGCUAGAAGCGUCCAACGCAGCCUCUUUCGGCCACGCCGUGCAAACACCGCCGUCCGAUGACCUCCGAUCUCCACGUCGUCAGAUGUUCCAGGACUUGCCUACACCUGCAUACAACCAGACACAGUUUCAGCCUGGCAGCGGCUCUUCCAACGAUGAUACUGGCAUGAUUCCCAUGCAACCCACAUAUGCGGCCUACCCGUACCAGAUGGCGCCCCAAGGAGACGGCGGCUAUGGUAGUCUCAAUGACGCCCUUCGCUCGCCUACAGUGUAUAGCAGCACGGCAAGCGGGGCACCAUCGCCCCGAGACACUAAGCAGAGAAGACGAGAGAGCACCAUGCUUGCCGUCAGCCGCGAGGGACCGACUAAAAAGCCGAGCCAGUCCCGUUUACGAGAGGAGCAUGGCACCAGUUUCUAGCAGACUGACAUGACUACGUUUCGACAGAUGACCAGGCGAACCCCUGGGCGAUACAGCUACGAUGGCGUGUCGAGAUCAAUGAAGUUCGCUUACGACGACUGAAUAAUAUACCUGUCUGACGUGUCUAAUCAGCCCGCGCCAAGAGCUGCCGAUCGCACCCUAGUGACGUGGCCGUUAGACAGGUCUUAUUUGGCAGUGUUACGAUGGAUGAAUAUACCUUAACUCUGGAAGAAGGACUUGCGAUUGUAAUUUGGCUCCGAGUUUUUGUUUUGGCGACAUUUGCGAUGAAGCAUCAUACCCCCUGUCGUUCUUUGAUAUUUUCAGGUGCAUAAUAGUUUGUCAGAAGCGUUCGAGCGAGGAGCAAGAUGGUGUGCACCAGACUGCUAGAAUUGGCGGCGACUCGAGGUGUGCGAGUGUGUUCAUGGAUCGGAUUUAUUGUACAGGAUGUUAUGGUGGUAUUCUUCUUCCGAAAGAAGAGGUUGCCUGCCCUACGCAGCCUACGGGGCCCGUUAAAACUGUGGACAUAGUCUACCAGAGAAUGCUCCAACACAUCUCCUGUACUCCAUAACGAUCGUCC